CACUUACUUGACUCCACCAUGGCCCACAUCGUUAAGAUCAACAAUCGCGACGUCAUACGCCUCCCUCUUGGUCGUCGCCAGCUACCUUCGGUACCUCCUGUCAAAAUUGUCUUUCAGGAGGAGCAAGGCUGGUUAACGCCCAUCGGCGAGCCCCACGGGCUGCUGCCCACACUUUUGCGGCUGGAUCGUCGGUCGCUAUUCACUGGAUCCACUGCCGAUCUCGAAGUGACUUAUCUCAUUCCUCCUGAUGAGGAUGCAUCGGAAGUGGCCCGCGUUGAAGAGGUCUGCAAUCGCCUCAAACUGGGGGGCAAUGAUGGAUCAUAUCGACUAUAUGGUCUCAUGAAUACCUUCCUUCUCGAAUCCCCUCUUCGAACUCAUCUGGACGCCCUCGCAACGUUCUUGAUCACGCUUCCGCUCGAGGAAACAUGCCGUCUCUUAGAUCAGCUCAGAUUUGAUAAUGACGAUUGGGCGGCGCGAGCGAAGCGCGAUCCCUCUGCCGAGCGCAUCCUGGGUAGGUACGAACCUCGCCGACACACGUACGAGAUCGGAGAGCUGGCCUUCUACGCACUAUCGCCUGCCUUUCUUUCCGAUGACGCAUCCGUCCAAAUUUUGACCAACAGCUGUCGGACCCUUGACCGGCCAUGCCACAGCCCUGUUUUUGCUACGAAGAAGCCCAGAUGCAACGGGUUUAUCUGCGAAUUCCCCUACCCCCCGUCUCACCGAGCGAAGGAGGAUAAAUUGUCUCCCCUUGCGCUGCUCGUGAACUCGCACUACAAACUCCAGACCUACAUGGCGCGAGAACCCAAAAGUCGCCGCAGUUGUCAUUUGGAGAGCUAUGCCGAGUUUCUGAAUCGGUUCAUGGACUUGUUGUACUUCGUGCCGCCUGCGGGACCGUUGUACGUCGUGCCACCUCCAGGACCCGGGGCGUCGUCUGGGGACCGCGAUGUCACUGAUUCCCUCGAGAUGCCAGACGAAGAGGACCUGGUCAAUGCGGACAAAAAGGACCUCAUCAACGGGCUGACGACUGAGGAGAUGAGCCAGGUCAUCUGGCAGGUGUCCAACCCUCGUGCCACAGAUGCAGCGAGAGCGCAAGCGGCGAUGCUGAUGUUUGGGAUGGCUGGUCUGCCUAACGCGAAUGCUCAUGAGAGACAGGUGCCCGACAGCCUAGAGAGACAGGUGCCCGACAGCCUGACAAUCCGUUUCGGUGGCUAUGAGGGAUUCGAGGUCUCCAGAAAGAAUUUGCUCACCGGUAACUCUCAGAAAGAGCCCGGUCAGUUCAUGCAGUACCCUGCACCCGCCGUCGCGGGCGUCGCAUCCUACUCGGCGGAGGCUUCACCCCCUCGUCCGGUCUCUCCCUCCUCUUCCAAUUCCCCCCCCCCCCCCCUUCCAGACCGCCGCCCCACGCUGCUCGCACGAGCUGAACUUCACUCGCGCGAGCGCAAUCCCACUUGUACGAGCUCGACUUCACUCGUACGAGCCCGGCUUCACUCGUACGAGCCCGAAGUCACUCGUUCGCGUCCUCCUUCACUCGUCCGUCUCCUCCUUCACUCGGUCGUCUCCUUCACCAACCUAUCUCACGCUGCUCGUUUGACUCCCUCAUCCUCGCUAGAGCAGCAGCGUUCGGCGCAUCGCUCGAGCAGCGUCCGGCGCCUCGCUAAAGCAGCGUCCGCUGCCUCGCAGCAUCCCGCGCAUCGUCUAGCUCGACGCUACGAGAGUCGACGACCGGCCGGUCAAUAUGUUCUCCAUGUAGAGUACUUUCAACUUUGAGGUCGGGACGAUGAGCGCGAAUGUCGAUAGCUAGCCCAUGGGCUCGCGGUGAUAGGGUGACGACCGGAAGUGGCAGAGGG